GCUGUUCCCGCAACUCGACCGUUCGUUUACCAGGCACCACCAACCACCCUCAAUCCACCACCCACAUAGACCCCACAUUGAAGCCACCCGAUCCACUCAUUCCGCAGAUAGCGCUACUCCAUGCCGCUUUGCUUUGUCUGUGGCUUUAGUGGCGUUUUUGUUUUCACACUCGCUUUCGCUGCCCACACACGAACACACACGCACAGCGAGGUAAACCGAAAUAAUUAAAUACAAUUGUUUGCCAAGUCAAACAUACGGCUGAGCCGAGGGGGGCUAUAAACUGUAGCCCAGGGGCUAGCUGAGCUCCGUGCGAGCUGUCCAAGUCAGUCAUCGAUUUUCAGUCGCACCGAGCAGCACACCGUGUGUCCUUCGCUCCGUGGCCACACACUGCGUAUACGUGUUUGUGGCUUGUGGUAUUAGCCAAAAUGGAGGGAAAUCGCAAUGAGUUUUUCAACGAAAUCAUUGGCAAUAUAGAUGAAAUAUUCGGUCAGGCGCAGCCAGUGAGCUUUCAGACCAGUCCCAUCUUUAAGACGGAGCAGGGCAAAUAUCUGGCUGAUUCACUUGCCGAUCCUUUGAUUAAGGCCCUCACUGAAAUAGCGAAUAGGAGACCCAGAGAUCCCGUGGCCUAUCUGACCAACUACCUCCAACACUUCAUGGGUGACCGCAAGCCAAUGACCGAGGUGGAGGUCCACUCGGGAAGCAGCAAGGCCAGCACCAGUUCCACCUCCACUCUGGCCAUGGCCAAAUCGAGCCAACGGGCAAUCGGCACUCGAAAUGGUCCUGGCCCCGCCAAUGCGGAUCUCAUCGAGCUGGACGCUCGAUCCCUGGUCGAGGAGGAUGCGGAGGGUGCUCUGGCGGUGCAGCAUAUGGAGGAGCGGGAUGAGCACGGCCAGAGUAUGCUGCACUUCGCCUGUGCCCGCUCCCAUCGCAGGGGAGCUCUCUACACUCUGAUCGAGGAGUCGGGCAUCGACGUCACCUACCGGGAUGAGUUGUAUCGAACGGCGCGGGAUGUCUCGCUCCAAGCGAACCAGCCCAACAAUGCUGCCGAGAUCGAUCGAUAUAUCCUGGCUCAGGCAGUGAUCGGCGACGUGGAACCAUUUCAACAACUGGCUCUGCAGGGCUACGAUCACAUUUUAGACGUCGAAGACGAAAGCGGUCAGUCCAUUAUCGAUGUGGUACAAUCCCGACAGAACGAAGCGCUCAGUGAGUUCCUGGCCAGUCUGCGUGGCUUGGAGGAGACUCGCGAAGAACUCCAUCAGAUGAUCAGGGAAAACAACAUGGAGCGAGUGCUGGAGUUGACCGAUGUUGCCAAUGCCAAGUGGUUGAUUAAGACCAAAAAUUAUUAUGGUCGUACCGCGUUGCACAUAGCCGUGCUGAAGGAGUCGGAGGAAAUGGUUCAGCAUAUGGUGAAAAUCUGCCCAGAGGCUUUGAAAAUCCCAGACAAUCUGGAACGCACUGUACUGCACUAUGCCAUGGGAACCAACGCGCUGGAGAGCGUUAGCCGGAUUUUAAUUCAGAACGGGGCCAAGCGGACCGCAAAGGACUUGAAAGGACGACAGCCAAGCUAUUACUUCAUCAACAAAGCGGAUAUAUUACGCCUGCAGGAGGAGGAGGAUGAGAGCCGCUGAGGAACCGGAUCAAGCAAUAUGUAUAGCAUAGCCUAUUUUAAGCCGUUAUAUAGUCCAAUAAAGUACCAUAUAAAAAGG